AUGGCCGACCCUCUCUCCGUCGCCGGGUUGGCUUUGGCCGUGGUAUCCCUGGGCCUCCAAGUCACUGGGGGCAUCGCGGAAUACUUUGACUCACUGAAGUCCCGCGGCCAAGACAUCGACUCCAUAACUCGUCAGAACGACACGCUGAGGAAGACGCUUCGGAUCAUCGAAUUAUCAAUCUCUCAGUUUCAGAAUGACCACAAAACAGCAACCGAGGCAUUAAGACAAUUUUUAGACUCAUCUAACGGGGAACUGAAGGUUUUGGAGAGCAUGAUAGCCACGUUCAUUAUUGACGAUGAAGGUACAGCUGGUCGAAGGAACAAAGCUCGGAAUCAGGGAUCUGAGAAGUUAGCUACGCUCCAGGCGACUUCGCAGAUUAUCUCUAGGGAUCUUCUAGUUGUUCAGUCCGAGGUCUCAUCUAUUAGAACUCCCAUUCGAGGCAUCGAAACCACUCUAUCCCAAUUUGAGACACGAUUUAGCGGUCUUGAGAAUCUCCUCGGCCAGCUAUUCGUCCAAGGCUCGGCCAUCAAUGAGACACUACAAGAAUGUGCUGAGGUCAUCGUCUAA